AUGGCAGCCUCCACUUGGUUUCAUCUUCAAACUGGGGUCGCCCUGUUGCUCUUAGGUCAUCGAUGGGCUCAUGGUGUGCGGCCAUUCAAGUACAAAAUCCUGAUCACUGCUCAUAAUCCACUGGUUCUAUUUUCAACACCUUACUGCACCUGCAUCGCUGUUACGGAAAUUAAGGACUUAGUUAAGGCUGGAAAUCAACACAUGACCUAUAGAGAUGUGUAUCUUUACGCAUCCGCUGCUGCUCUUAGCGCGAAUGGGACCGGCGCCCUUGCAACUGGCAGCUCGCCGAUAGAUGUGACGUCACCCCCCACGACCACCAUAGGAGAACAACCAUGGUCCACGAGUACAGCAUCAGCUACAACCUCAAAGGACGCCGGAACAACCGCAGUUCCCACUACCACUCAACCAGCCAUAUCUACUUCUACAGCUGAACUAACAACUACCACAACUAGUGAGCCAACCACAACUGCCACAACCAGUCAGCCAACCACAACUACCACAACCAAUGAGCCAACCACAACUACCACAACCAGUGAGCCAACCACAACUACCACAACCAAUGAGCCAACCACAACUACCACAACCAGUGAGCCAACCACAACUACCGCGGAACCAAUAACUACCACUGAGCCAUCACCAACUGAGUCACCCACAGCCUCACCUCUAGAUGCCGACUUCCUCAGAAUAGCAUUAAUGGGCGAAUGUAGAGACGAGGGAGAAAUAUGUAGCAGCGGAGAAAACUUAACAUGUACCUACAUCACAGACUGCCCACUCUUGCAUCUGUGCUGUCCGUACACCUGUGGUAACAGAUGUGUAGCACCAGCAAGGAAAAGAACUUUGAUGGGGUCUGAAGACACUACUUCCUUCGGAUUCGUGAUUGACCUUUGGUUCAACCAAUUCUCGACAGAGACCUACAGCAAUAUUGUCACUGCAAUCUGGGAUCGUAUAAGAUGGGAGACGAAUCCCCCGUCAGUCAACGUGAUGGUUAGAAGCUUCUCCACAACCCGCACCGACCCCAACGAAGCUGAUUUUUGCGAACUGUAUCGUCAACUGGAGACGCUCAAUUUCGAUUUCCCGGCGCUCAAGCUACAAUUUGAUCCCUUUUCCAGAAAUAAGAACAUCUUAUACAUCAUCACAGGAUCGGACUCUUACCAUUUCUUCAGACUUCUCUCGCCUCUGAAACGGAUCUUCGACUCGUUGUGCUAUGUUGUGGUUGAUGACACCUCUCUUGAAAACUACAACAUGAUUGCUACCGAAGAGAACGGCGAACCCUGUGUCCUCACCCUCGAGCAAUUAGCCAGACAUGGUUUCACUUCAGAAGAUUUCCCUCCGCGUCCAAUUGUAAACGUAAGACAUAAGUUAUUAUUUGUCCUAAGUCGCAACAGCGCCUGCUCGAAGGACUCGGACUGCGGCACCCUGGCCCUCACGUGCGUCGGCGGCACCUGCCAGCCCCCGGACUGCGCGCCCGCGGCCGGACCCCAUCCGCGAUGCCGCUUGGACUCGGACUCAGAGCUCUACCAGUGUGAUUACAACACCUCUGGAAGCGCCAGUUCUGUGAUAUCCGAGUUACUCAAACAUCAGAAUUUCCCUUUCACAAGUGACACAACGGAGGACGUACCAGGUUGUUGUGACAAUGGGCAGGUGUUAUGCCACGAGUUCCCGCUGCGCUGUGUAGACCGGGAAAAGGUGUGUGAUACGACCUUCGAUUGCAUCACCGGCGAAGACGAGCAUUUUAACACCUGCGAUAACAGAGUGUGUCGCGAGGACGAAUUUCGCUGUACGUCAGGCCAGUGCGUUCCUCAGCACAAACGAUGCGAUACAAGGAAGGACUGCGCAGACGAAUCGGACGAAAAGGGCUGUUCUCAGGUCGAGUGCAAUUUCUCACCAGCCUUCCAGUGCGUGUCAGGUCAAUGUGUUCCUGAGGUUUACCAGUGCGAUGGUCAGGAGCAGUGUGUUGACGGCAGUGACGAGGAGGCCUGUGCUUAAGUGACAUUCUUUUUUCUUCUUUUCAACAGCUAGGUUGCAUGCCUUAUCUUUUAGUUUGUUCAUUUCGGCUAUCAUGAAUGAAGAGCCCUUUUAAGAACGUUUUUCAGAUUUUAUCAGUACUAUUAUCGCUAUCAUCUUGAGACAACUGCCAGGUAGGUGACACUCAUUUGACUACAACUGCUGACGAUUUCCCAGUAAGAAUAAAUUAUGUCAUAGGUUCAA